AAACUAUAACUUGUUGGUUGUUUUAUUAAGUUGGGAAGCUGAAGAGGCUGUCCCCGUGCCAGCAACAAGAUGUGUAUUGUUCUUAUCUGAAGUCUCUAGAGCGAUCAAGUGCCCUCCAGACAAGACCGAAGCAUACAGCGGAGUCCAGGCUGGAGAAGAGAGAGGUUGAGGAGGAAGCAUGUCCACUGACCAGGAGCCCACAUUCACAGUCAAGCUGCUGCAGCUGCUGCUGCUCUCCACCUACUGGGGAAUGCAGAUAUGGGUCACCUUCAUUUCAAGCUUUGUGAUGGACAACCACCUAAACAGACACACAUAUGGUUUUAUUCAAAGUCGCCUCGUCCCGUUCUACCUCCACUUGGGUUCCGCUUGUGCCUUCUUUAACCUCACAAUCUACGCAGUGUAUCAUCCCAGCGACAUGCUGGAUGACAGAGAAGCCUUUCAGAUCUUCAUCUUCUUUGUGUCAGUGACAGUCGCGGCUAUCAAUGCUCAGUGGUUUGGUCAGAUGACGUCAGAGAUCAUGGCGGACAUGCACCUCAUCGAGCAGGCGUGUGGACUGGGUCAGGAUAUCGGCUUGUCAUCGAACCGGGAAGCUUACGCCAAACUGUGUGAGACGGAUGUGAAGUACAGACACCUCAGCAGUCGUUUGUGGCUGUACAGACUGCUGUCCUCUCUCUGUAACCUCUGCUGCAUCGGCUGCAACUUCUACAGUCUCUGUUACAUGGCUGAGAACCUCGGCACACUGUAGAGCUUUUAUGUAAUACGUUAUGUCUUUCUGUCUCUCUGCCUUGUUAGUUAUGAGAUGAACAGUCGGGUUGUUCUUGUGCCUUGGGAAAUAAUGAAAGGAGAUUUUGGUCCUCAUUUUUUUUUGUUGAUUUUGAGACAAUCAUGUUCACUAAAGCUGCAUUUCUGUCUUGAAGUUUGCAGGGAGACGAAUCAGCUCCUGCUAUGUGAGCAAUGUCUCACCUUUCACCUAGUGUGGCUGCUGUGUGCCACGCUGUGCACUGCAGCCUGGAGAGUUCCCUGCAAGACUGCAGUAUGAUGCCUUACAGGAACCUAAAACAUGUGGGAUGUUUUUAAGAACUUGCAAUAUCAGAGACACCGUAGCAGGAAAAAAGCCUAAUGCACUUUUUUUAUUUUUAAGCAACAGAAAGACACCUUUUAGUAAGGAAGCUGCUGCCGCGCCGCUCAGUCUUGCUCUUCCUGUUUGGGUGGAGUUUGAAUACAUUGCUCACUCCAGCAGCAAUCACUCUUUAGUGACUGCUGCAAUCUAGUGUCACAAGUUUGUCCUGUUCACGGUAUGUUACCGUAGGAGCACCUGGGGGGCUGUGCUUCACGUUUCAAAGUGAAUGCUUGGACUAUCUUUAGCUCUUUUGGCUGCUGCUGCAAUGAAAAAGAACACUUUUACUAGUUGGUAUACAAUCAAUACUAGUUUUCAACCCAUCCAAAAACACACUGGCACCAGUGGUUUGAUUAUUGGUAUAUUUUAAUCAAUCAAUCAAGUUUAUUUGUCACAUAUAAUCAUAUAAGGUACAUUCACAAUGAAAUGUAAUCCCAUCAGUUCCUUCAAUUUGUGCGUUAAAAAGAGAUUUUACAGAAUUUAUUGGUUUUCAUUAACUUUUACAGUGUUGAUCUGUAAAUGAUGUUAUGAGAUUAUUUCGCAGCAGGAAGUAGAGUUUAUAGAGCUUUGAUUUAUUCCCACUUUCAUCAGUGUGUCCUUGAGGAAGGCACCAUGGCUGUGAAGAACAUAGUCAGUUUAAUUUAGCAGGUUUAAUGGUUGUUGUAAUAAUCUGGUGGAUCGUGUUGUGGCAUUGAUCCUGCGGGUAAUAUGGAGGAACAUUUUUUGGGAUGGUUGGAAGGAUUGUUGAGACUUGCUGAGAUGAUGUGGGUCCAAUUUGACUAAACCUCAGUGAUCAUGAUUGUCUGCUUGAAGACCUGAAUGACAUCUCUGCACUCAGUUCUUUCACAUCACAUCCAGGAUGACCUUACAAUGUGCUGCAAGGGAAAAUCACAUCAGAUCUUAUACAUAGAUAUAUAUAUACAUUGGUGAAGGAUUUAACAGACUUGCAAAGCUGUCAGGUCUGUAACUUGACCUCAAGCAUUUUUUGAUUUGGUUUAUAACACCUCAGUUUACUAGAUGUCAGUCUCUACGUAUUCAAACAUUAUGAUCUGACUGUGCAGGAGAAUUAUGCAGCUAUGAUUAUGAAUUUGAAGCCAAAUUAUUAUGAGCUGUACUCACACUAGAGUUGUGUUCUCUCGCAGUACAGCUUUCAGGUGUGUGACAGUCCCUCCCCUUUAGGAGUGAAGCAGGAAGUGCAUCACAGAUUAUCAGCUGUGCCUGCUGCUCCUCAGCUAUAUAAGCUGCUGGAUUCAGUCACUCUCUCUCUCCCUGGGUGUGUAGUUUAUUUGGGUUAGGCUUUUCCUCAUGUUUAUUUUCUUUGUUCAUUACACUUCACUGUACACUCAUUCAAACACUCCACACAAUACUGAUGUUACUGAUUUACAUACUUUAUAUUGCCCUUGGUUAACUUAUAUUUUGUUAAAUAAAUAUUUAGUAAAGUCAUGUGUCUUCCUCUCCUCCUUGUCCGCCCCUUGAGCCGGGCUGUGACAGGUGUCAGUGCUUUUUUUUUAAGUCAUAGUUUGAAUAUCUUUGUUGUUAUUGACCAGAGAGGAUCUGUGGUCAAUUAUAUAUUUUGUUAUCUUUUUGCACAUGUCGAAAUAAUAUUAUUGAACCCCACCCUGCUAUGACGGCCCCUCCCUGUUGUAACCGCUGAUAUGAACCUUGUCUAUAGAUGUGUUUGUGAAGUGUUGUUCUUCUAGUUAGUGUUGGCCUGUAAUACACAUCUGUGUGAACCAAAGUUUUAAGAACAGCCUUCAACACAAAAAGCACUUCUGUAAUCAAAGCAGAGGCAGCUGAGUACAGAUUUCUCUUAUAUGGUCAGACUGGACUGAUGAAGGUGCUUAUUAUGUGCCCGUUCAGGGUCACAGUGCUACUGGCAAAGACAAUGCAAUAUUACUAGUUGUUUUAUCUGCACCUUUCAUUUUUCUUUGCUGUUAGCUUAGCCAGCUUAAAUUCAUAGGAAAUUUGAAUGCAAGUCAUUUUGUCUAUAAACAUUAAAGUGGCAUUUGGGUAUCAAAUUUUAGUAGACUUUACCUUCACUUGUAGAUAUUUAUGCCAGUUUCUUUAUGUUUGACAAGUGUUUAAUACUGAAUGUAAAGACUUGCCCUCUUUAAAUGUUUGCCUUAAGACCAGUGAGGUCAGAGGUCAUGAGCUGUUAAUGGUAGUGGGUUUGUAUCAAUGAUGUUUUCACAUGUAUUGUCUAUCUUUUGUAUUAAAACAUGUUGUCUCUCAA